AUGACGUUCAUCGACGGCGUGACGUGGUGCGUGGCCCGGCCGGGCGCUACCCAGGAGGACCUCCAGAACGCGCUGGACUGGGCGUGCGGCCCCGGCGGCGCCGACUGCUCCCAGCUGCAGCCGGGCGGCCGGUGCUACCAGCCGAACACGCUCCUCACCCACGCCUCCUACGCCUUCAACAUCUUCUACCAGCAGAACGGCAACUCCGACGUCGCCUGCAACUUCGGCGGCGCCGGAGCCCUCGUCAAACGGGACCCAAGUACGGAACAUUUCCAUCCCCAUCCAUCAGUUCUGGACUUCUGCGGCAGCAUCCUCGGCGAUGCUGGGAAGAAGGGCGUGGAUAGCUAUGGUCGCUGCGUCUCUGAUCGCACUCCGGCUGAGAGUUUAGAAAUCCUCUUCCUCAUAUGCUUCGCCUGA